AUGGUGGCAAUAGUCAGGCUUCCGGGAUCGCUGCGGGCCCCUGUAGCUGGGCUUCCGGGAUCGCUGCGGGCCCCUGUAGCUGGGCUUCCGGGAUCGCUGCGGGCCCCUGUAGCUGGGCUUCCGGGAUCGCUGCGGGCCCCUGUAGCUGGGCUUCCGGGAUCGCUGCGGGCCCCUGUAGCUGGGCUUCCGGGAUCGCUGCGGGCCCCUGUAGCUGGGCCUCCGGGAUCGCUGCGGGCCCCUGUAGCUGGGCCUCCGGGAUCGCUGCGGGCCCCUGUAGCUGGGCCUCCGGGAUCGCUGCGGGCCCCUGUAGCUGGGCCUCCGGGAUCGCUGCGGGCCCCUGUAGCUGGGCCUCCGGGAUCGCUGCGGGCCCCUGUAGCUGGGCCUCCGGGAUCGCUGCGGGCCCCUGUAGCUGGGCCUCCGGGAUCGCUGCGGGCCCCUGUAGCUGGGCCUCCGGGAUCGCUGCGGGCCCCUGUAGCUGGGCCUCCGGGAUCGCUGCGGCCCCCUGUAGCUGGGCCUCCGGGAUCGCUGCGGCCCCCUGUAGCUGGGCCUCCGGGAUCGCUGCGGCCCCCUGUAGCUGGGCCUCCGGGAUCGCUGCGGGCCCCUGUAGCGGGGCCUCCGGGAUCGCUGCGGGCCCCUGUAGCGGGGCCUCCGGGAUCGCUGCGGGCCCCUGUAGCGGGGCCUCCGGGAUCGCUGCGGCCCCCUGUAGCGGGGCCUCCGGGAUCGCUGCGGCCCCCUGUAGCGGGGCCUCCGGGAUCGCUGCGGCCCCCUGUAGCGGGGCCUCCGGGAUCGCUGCGGCCCCCUGUAGCGGGGCCUCCGGGAUCGCUGCGGCCCCCUGUAGCGGGGCCUCCGGGAUCGCUGCGGCCCCCUGUAGCGGGGCCUCCGGGAUCGCUGCGGCCCCCUGUAGCGGGGCCUCCGGGAUCGCUGCGGCCCCCUGUAGCUGGGCCUCCGGGAUCGCUGCGGCCCCCUGUAGCUGGGCCUCCGGGAUCGCUGCGGCCCCCUGUAGCUGGGCCUCCGGGAUCGCUAUUGGAGUGCCGGCUGUCUUACUCUGAGGGCGCCAGUAGUCGGACUCCGGUUGCCAGCCUCCUGGGAUUGCUGUAG